CGGCUUCGGGGCCGCUGGUGAACCGUAAAACGAUGACGUAGAUGUACACAUUUUGCGCGCGCCAAUUAUCGACGAGGAGCGGCGUUUCGUAUGUGAUAACAGUCCAACCGAGCGCCGCGAUACGGACUGGACGAUUUUUUUACUCGCACGCGAUGUCAUAGAUAAGAUUCAAUAUAUUUCAUAGUCCAGGCUUGCAGUUGUCAAUGGCUAUAUAUAAAAAUCGGCCUCGUGAAUGAACGCGAGAUGGACGUUUGAAUCGAAGCCGUGAUGGCCCCGUUCCUAUUGAUUCUGCCGCUGCUGGCAUCAUUGAUACACCCGAUCGACGGUGCAACCAAACGAAGUGGAUCGAUGAAGGAAAGUGACAUUGACCCCUACGUGAGGUCCAAAUCCGUCAAGGAUGUUUUAGCACAAAGCAGCGGAAACGCUCUACUGCCCUGUCGAUUCAACAGUCCCGGAAUAGUGACUUGGAUUAGGCGGAAAGACAGACAACUACUUACAGUGGGUCGAGAUACUCACUGUAUAGAUAAACGUUUCGUUGUCUUAAACAAUCCUAAUUGGAGUCUCUUAAUCAAGAACGUCAAACAGGAAGAUGCAGGUCUUUAUGAGUGUCAGAUACAAACGGUACCAGUGCAGCAACGAUUUGUACGUCUAAACAUUACGGAGGCGUACUCUGUAAUACCAGGUGGCCCGGAUCUCCAUGUGAAACAGGGCUCUAGCCUGCGUUUGGAAUGCCAGCUGAUGGCAGCCGCGGAAUCGCCCAACUACGUAUUCUGGUAUCGCGAAACACGUAUGAUAAACUAUGAUAACGAACCUGGCGUUAGAUUCGAGAUGAGGAGAAACGGCUCAGUACUCAUCGUGGAGAAGGUGAAGCUUUCGCACGGCGCCAAUUACACAUGCUCGCCGAAUAAUGCCAGACCGGCUCACAUCAUGAUACACGUCAUCGAGGAGGAAGAGAAACCAGCGGCCAUGCAUGGAGAUGAUCAACGAAAUUUCACGGCAACUAUGUGGAGCAACACCAUAUUGAUUCUUACGGCUCUUCUAAUUAUUCCAGAUGUAAGACGGUACUUCCAAACUUUCAUUUGCCAUGCCACGUGAUUAGCAUAAAAUGCUAUUUUCGCAAAACAAAAGUCGAAUGCAAACUCGCGUGAAACAAGCUUGCAUACCUAAAAUUUUUUUCAACAAUUCGAAAUAUUAUAUUUGCGUAUCGGAAGAUAUUUUUAAUCUGAUAUCUACAACAUAUCUUGCUUCUCGCACGCUGAAGUUAUUUGAUUCUAAUUCAAACGUCAUGAAGAAAAAUGUGACAGAUUCCGCUCGGGAUCAAAGAAAAAUCUAUUUGCAAAUAAACUUAAAGCGAGAGAUUCAACUGCAGACGUUUUUCCAAGAGUCUCCGUAUCCCCAGUGGUGAAAUCCAAGGAGGACUACAAAGUUUCACGUAACCAUGUAACUUUCGUUUAAAGAAACGUCUU